GAGAGUUGGCAACAGUGGGCUGGACUAUUUUUUUCGCGGGAAGUUCCUCAACCCUGCUCUGAUGUGCUGUGUGUUUAGUGCGAAUCACUUCAGGGAACUUCGAUUAGAACAGACUCAACAUUCUCAGAUCAAGUCAUGGACCACAGUGCAAAGAACGGUACAUCACAGCUCAACGGAACACACAGUGAAGGUUUGACAAAGAAGAGACAGGACUACCUGGAGUGGCCUGAGUAUUUCAUGGCUGUUGCCUUCUUAUCAGCGCAGCGGAGCAAGGACCCCAGUUCUCAGGUUGGUGCCUGUAUUGUGAAUCAAGAAAACAAGAUUGUGGGUAUUGGCUACAAUGGCAUGCCCAACGGUUGUGACGAUGACCUGCUGCCCUGGUCUCGCAGUGCUGAUAACAAGCUGGACACCAAAUACCCCUAUGUGUGUCACGCAGAGCUGAACGCCAUUAUGAAUAAGAACUCGGCAGAUGUCAAGGGUUGCACCAUGUAUGUAGCGCUCUUCCCCUGCAACGAGUGCGCCAAACUCAUUAUUCAAGCAGGUAUAAAGGAUGUGAUCUAUUUGUCAGACAAGUACCAUGACACUCCAGAAAUGACUGCCUCCAGACGGCUUCUUAACUUGGCGGGCAUCACGUACAAGCAAUUCCAGCCAAAGCAAGGCAGGAUUGUCAUUGAUUUUAAUUCAAUCAACCACCCCGGAUUGAAAACUUCCAGUGGUUUGGGGGGCGUGCAGUCGCCAUAGACUGAGGAACUUGGAACAUGACACUAAGUAUUCAUAAAACAGACUCAUUGUUUUUCUCACUUAUGUACUGGUGAAGGUCAUUAUGAGUUUGACAGUGAUUACUAAAUAGAUGUAUAGUAGUUUACUGUUUUAAGUCUGUUUUUGCAAAUCUUGAAACUUGCUGGAAUUAACUAUUGUCAAUGUUUUGAAUGUUUUUCUUUUAUGUAUUUGCUCUAAUGCAUAAAAUUUACAUUUUGUUUUUAUCAAUUUACAUGCAAAAUAGCAGCCGGUUUGUGACCUUGGCUGAAUGUGCCUUUGUUUAAUUGAUUCUUUUAGAGUUUUGGUAUUUAUGAUGAGUGGGAUGACAAUGAGGACAUUAAAAUCAAGCUGGAUGCCAACAUUAACCAAAUCAAAUGUUAUUUACCUUUUCUUUAACCUUUUUGUAUUCUCUAUGACAAGGCUGAUUAGAUUUUGAUGUUCAUUUCACAAAUACUAAAACUGCAAAUUACCCUUCCCUUUUAACCAUUGACCAUUGAUGGCUGUUUUGCUCAUAUUAUAAGUUUUUGUAAGCACCACAGCAGAUAAACCUCAUAUUCUGUCA